UUUUUUUUUUAAAGCAUUUAUUACAAUGUCUUCGACGCUCUCGAUUGUCACACCUGUGGACUCAUCAGUUUACAAAACCGUUCAGAUUUCAUCUGCAGAGCAAGUGCAAGCUGCGGUGGAACGUGCAGCAGCAGCACAAAAAUCAUGGAAAAAGGUGCCUUUGAAAGAACGUGUGGCGAUUGCUCGCAAGUUCCUUGAGAUAUUUGGGACACGUAAGGAUGAGUUGGCAAAGGAGCUGACAAUGCAGAUGGGUCGUCCUAUUCGAUUUACACCCGGAGAGAUUAAAGGAACACAAGAUCGUGGCAAGUACAUGGUGGAUGUAGCAGAGGAAUCGCUCAAGGAUGUUGAAAUCCAUGAAGAAGGAUUGGAGGGUAAAUUCAAGAGAUUCAUCCGAAAGGAACCUGUCGGUGUCGUCUUAAUUAUUGCUCCUUGGAAUUAUCCAUACCUGUCAUCUCUGAACGGUGUCCUCCCUUCGGUCAUUGCUGGUAACUCGGUGAUCUUAAAGCACUCAUCUCAGACUCCUCUCUGUGGCGAGCGCUUUGCACAAGCCUGGAAUGAGGCUGGUCUGCCUGCAGAUGUCUUCCAGUGUCUUCAUAUGUCUCAUGCGGAUACUGAGAGCCUGGUCGCCAAUCCUUUGAUCAAUUAUGUCAACUUUACCGGAUCUGUCGAUGGUGGCCACCAAAUCCAGAAAGCUGCGAGCAAGAAAUUCAUUGCGACGGGAUUAGAACUUGGAGGAAAAGAUCCCGCAUAUGUUCGUUCUGACUGCGAUCUCAAGUAUACGGUCGAAAACCUUGUUGACGGCUCAUUCUUCAACAGUGGUCAAUGCUGCUGCGCUAUUGAGCGUAUUUAUGUCCAUGCUGACAUCUAUGAUCAAUUCGUGGAUCUAUUUGUCAAGGAGACUAAGAACUAUCGCCUCGGAAAUCCUCUGGAUCCUGAGACUACUCUAGGUCCUAUGGUGAAAGCCAAGGCGGCAGACUUUGUACGCGGACAGAUUGCAGAGGCGGUCUCUCAAGGAGCAAAGACUCAUAUUGAUGUCUCGUUGUUUCCGGACGACAAGUUUGGUACACCUUACAUGGCUCCGCAGGUGCUGACAGAGGUGACUCAUGAGAUGCGAAUCAUGACUGAAGAGUCCUUUGGGCCCGUCAUCGGCAUCAUGAAGGUUGCAUCGGAUGAAGAAGCCAUUCAGCUGAUGAAUGAUUCCGACUUUGGAUUGUCAGCCUCUAUCUGGACAAAGGAUGCUGAUGCCGCAUUGAGGAUUGGCGACCAAAUCGAGACCGGUACUUGGUUCAUGAACCGAUGUGAUUAUCUGGACCCGGCCUUGGCUUGGGUGGGUGUUAAGGAUUCGGGUCGUGGUUGCACCUUAUCCAAGUUUGGAUAUGAUCAAAUCACUCGACUCAAGUCUUUCCACUUGAAGCUUGUUACCGCUUAAAGUUUUUUUUUUUUUUUUUUU